UCUACAUACCUUAGAACCUAACCUUCGCGCCUUACGAACCUAAUUUAGAUGCGAUAACGGACUGGGAGUUGUUCUUCUGAUGAAAUACCCUGGUAAAUGUUGCGAUAAUUAAACUCAAUUCCUCUCGACACAUUUCUUAUCGCAAUCAUAUUUCCAGACGCGCCUACACUUAGGUUAGGUACUUUUACACGCAUCAUUGUCAACACAACACAUACACAUACACCACUUAUACAGUCACAAAUCAUACGUUAGGUAGAUACGCGACUAUUAUUAAAAAGCUUCAAACCAGCACCGGAACUUGAUAUAGCUACUUCAUGGACAAUCGCCAGUGUUGCUGAUCACUACUCGUCGCGUCAAUACCCUGACCAUAUUUGCCCGCCAUGGCCCAGGCCUGGCUCGACUCACUUUCCGAGGACUGGGUAUCUCAGCCUAGGUCCGAUACUUCGCAGGCGCAAUUACCCAGUUUUUCGAGCUCCAGGGCCAGCACGAGUCGCAGAAGUUUACACGAACCCGCUAGUCGCAUACCGAGAUUCAACCCUGCAAAUGCUACAGGAAGAAAGUCGCAACAAUCGGCGCACGAUAGUAGCGCUUUUAAUAUACUAAGUGAACGAAGCAUAAACGGUGUUAAUAGCCGAGGAGCGCAACAUACCCCUUCAAAGCCUCCUCAAGCAGUUGAGACUUCCCGAGGGGGACGCUAUCUUCGUCGGUCGACAUCCGCUUCUAGUGCUGCGUCUGUCGUUCAUAAUACCGUUCAGCAUAACAAGUCACAGAGUUCUUCCCCGUCUAAAUCUAAGGAUAAUGUGCCCGAAUGGAGAAGACGACUGGUUUAUGGGGAGUUAAAUUACGGAGAGUCGAAGGACCUUUUUAGUUCCGCCGGGACAGGAUUGGAAAACAUCUUUCGACCACCUGUGGCCCAGGAAUCCACAGGGGACGAAUCCGCCGGGAACGAAGAAGAUACCGCUAAUGAAUCGACCCUACCUUCGAGUCCUCCGCCCUAUUCGAGACAUCAGACUUGUGACGAGCGAAGCUUCGAACAAUUCGCUAACGAAUCUCUGGUCCGGCAACCUCGUCCACACCGCAAGCAGAUAAAAUUUCGAAUGACGGAAGAGAUGGUUGGCGAACCGAGCGGAGAUGAUGUAACAGACGACGAGCACCAUGGCAGCCAAGAGGGAAGAAGCGAACGUAGGGAGCAACCUAACAUCUCUUACAGUCUUAACGACGACUGUGAUGCAUCACGUAAGGUUAGCGGGCAAAGUGUUAUUAGAAAUGAGGAUCUAAGCCCGAUUUUAUUAUCACGCCAUGACUCUGGAGACGGACAGGUGAACUUCGCUCCCGUGGAACUUCCGGCAGAACAGCUACGUAAGCGCCUCGACAAACUCAGGAGAAACCAAAUGUUAUUAGACUUCGAGCCUGAUGGUCACUCAGAACAGAGACCGGCCCCUGUUGCUGACGACACCCAGAAGAUUGACACAACUGACGAUUUUAUAAAAAAUGGAGGCUUUUUGAAUGUUCAGCGAGGUGGGCGCUCGAAAGACGGAUCUUUCCGUCAACGCCCUCUUAGCCCGCCACUAAAUCUUGAUACUUCGGAAAUGCUUCCAGAAUCGUCACUCCAGGCCAGUACACCAAAGCAGUUUCCAACUGUUAGAAUAGAUCGCGUUGCGUCGGAUGAACGAAAAGACGAACUGAAGUUUGCCCUUAGUCCUAUCUUACCUCCCGUGCCGUACCCAAGUCCCGAGAAACGAUCUCAACCGUCUUCGGGCCAGAGCGGUAGUCCCCUGAAGCUAUUUGGUCCAUAUGAUACCUUCACGAAUCAGACUCUUCUCCGACGCAUAAGCCAGUUUGAGGACCAAAUGAUAGAGCCUAUCUCACGCACAAUGGCGAACGAGACUGAUGCUCUGUCGAUGCAAGAAUCACCCUCAAGAAUUAGCGGAAGUAAGGGGUUCAGGACUGAGUCUGGCCCGAGAAGGGCUCCACAGGCUAGCUUUGACUAUCACGAAAAUCUGGACGUUAGCACUUUUGGAGCUGGAGAGCUAGAUGGCUACGAAUUCACCGAAGACAUCACUCAGAAUUCGAUUGAUUACUCACAAUUGACAAACAAAGAGAAUAUGGCACCUGCAGACGACUCGCUCCCGCCAAGUCAAUUUUUGAAGUUUCAAUUUCCCCAGGACUUGUCUUUAAGUGGAAGAUCCCUCGCCAUACAGCGCCGGCGCCAUAGACCACUUAGCAGUUCCUUCUCUCCCCGACGCAGCAUCACUAUGUCUAGGAUUGCCAAUUAUUUAAAGCCACAAAGCUCUUCAUAUCCGCCUGGGCCCUUUGGAGGUAUUCACGCAACGCCGCAGAGGGAUAGUUCGGAUGGAAAGAGGCCACGGACUUCACCAUCUAAAGAUCCCACCCCGAAAAGGAGGAGAACACUUCACCGAUCGGACAUUGCGUACGGGCUAGAAGACCAACACACGGCGGUAGGGUCUGUGCAAUCUUCACAUAGAACCAUGCAAUCGAUUAUGGAGGGGAGGAGACAACAUUCUGGCCAAAGUGCACCACAGCAAUCUGAUAGUCCAACCCGUUUACCGAUGUACCAGAUGUUCCGACCAAGGUCACCAACUCCUGGGCAACGACCGUCAACAUCACAUGGGCGACAACCACUUGCCAGUCUUACCUUCAACCCGGAUCAUCAGAAUGAUGUACCAGAUGUAUCGAUCCAGGAUUUUGCUGUUAAUGGAUCCGCAAGGACGUCUAUGAAAACCCAAGAUUUUUUCGAUGCUGCAGAGGAGAUAAUGGCAAUGAUCCGAAAUAAGGCUCGACCGAAGAACGACCUUAGUAGCGUGGAGGAAUCUGAGGCUGAGAUUACUGAACAGCACGACGUAACUGUUGCGGCUGGGGAUGAGAGUUCAGUACAGGAAUCCACGCAGGAACCGUUUUUGCGACCCCCGAGCCGAGAAGGACCUCCUCUAACCAGAGUGCCAACCCAUCAAGAGGAUCCGACGCUUGCUGAUCGGCUGAAGCAAUACGAGGAAGCCAGUGAUUUGGGAGAAAUCAUAACGAAUUCAAUGCAUUCGAUGGGCCGAAUCAGAGAAGCUAUUAAUGAAGCUAAUAGCCUUAGCGAGUCUAUUAGACAAAGCUUUAUCUCUGAAAAUGGAUGGGAUAGUCCACCUGACGAUCAAGAUGGAAUCGGCGACCUUUCCAACAUCAGGAUUUCGCGUAACCCAGAUUUCCCGGAACCUAGUGAGAACACCAUCGAGUUCCCUACGAACGGGACACGAUCUUCUGGUGCUUCCACUGGGCGCUCCAUCCAUACCAAUUCCUCACACGCAUCAGAUUCAAAGAGACUCAUUGCGCCAGAUGUCGUCACACCCCUCAUCGGUAACCAAGUGGGCAAUAUGGUAUUUGAUAAAGAAAGGAACGUAUGGUAUAAAGUCAAACAGCCACGUCCUAGUUUGGAUGGUAGAAAUAUUCUUCCGUCCGAAGACAGCGAGGAUCCUUUCGCUAGUAUCCCGGAUCUUUCAGUCGAUACAAUUAAGGAGACGGAGCAUCUCGAAUCACCCACAGAACAUAAUCCAGAAGGCAAUGACCUAUCCCUACAAGAAGAGUCUUCUAUGAUGCCUUCCCCUGAUAAGUCGUCUAUCGUAAUACCCGACUCCUUUAAUGACGAAAGUAUUUUGAGCCAUACAAACGAGGUGUUCACGGGAAUGAAACAACCGUUAGUAGAGACAGCAGUCGAAGACGAUAAGGAGAUUGAACACGAGAUAACAAUACACGAAGACCGGAUGCAAAGAUCGAGUUCGUCGCGACGAAGAAAUCUCACAAUUUCGUUUUCAUCACCAAUUGCUUCCAUCAUACAAGAUGUCGCCCAUCUUUCUGAUGAUGACAAUGCGGGUCAGGAAUUGGGUCUUUUAGACGAUCUACCUGAAUACGUGGCAAUUAAUUCACUUAAACGCGGAGGUCGUUCCAAGGCACCUAAACCCGUCAGUAGUUCGACUACCGGGUCGAGGUCACGAAGUCGUUCUGCAAGGAAUUUGUCGGUUAAAGGGCGGGAAUUCGUCCCACGACCCGUUUCACGAAUUGACGAGCGGGACGAAGAUGCGAGCGGAGAGCAAACAGAAUCCGAUGAGCGUCAGAUCAGUAUUCGCGAAGACGAUAGUAUUGCUUAUCCAGAAAAUAACCAUCAGGGGAACACUAGUGUAAGCGUCGUGGUAACGCCAGCUCCAAAAACUUCGCAGGGCUCUGCGACGCCAAUCAUCGGGCAGUAUGUCGGCACUUUCUCACUGAGUCCUCUGUCCGAUUUCACUAUGCACCAGGCGGAUCAGUCCUGCGGAUUAGAAGUCAGCUAUGUUGUAGGAGACCGUUAUCUUGCUACUGGAGAUGGCUCCAAGAAGAUCAUGUCCAAAGCCAUCCAAAACCUGGUCGAGAAGAUCACCGAGGUCGAACCAUUCGAGCCUGAUUGGGAGUCUAUGCACGAGUUGGAUAUCAAUAACAAACAAUUGAAGACACUUCACAUGCUGGACGAAUUUUGCACCAACGUUGUCACCCUUAACGCAUCAAACAACGCCAUCGAGCACCUAGACGGCAUGCCUGCAAGCGUUCGAAACUUGCGCAUCACCCAUAAUCAUCUUUCCGAGUUGACGGCAUGGGGCCACUUAAUGAACUUACAGUAUGUGGAUGUGUCGAACAAUCAGAUCAGCAGUCUACAUGCUUUUAGGGAUCUUGUCCACUUGCGAAACCUUCGCGCCGACAACAACCAGAUCACUGAUCUGGAUGGUAUCAAGAUGCAUGAUAGCUUGCAAAUCCUCCGAGCUAGAGGCAAUCUUCUCAGCGAGGUAAACUUGGAUGGCACAAGGCUGCAGCGCUUAACCGAGCUCGACUUGGAGAACAACCAGAUCAGCUCGAUUCAGGGCAUCGAACAGCUCACGAGUCUCGCUUCUAUCAACUUACAGUACAACAACCUAUCGUCCUUUGGCCCGAGCACGGAUGUCUCAGUUCCCAAUCUCAAAUACGUAACCCUCUCUAAUAACGACCUUACGGCUCUCGACUUGGCACCAUUCUCUUCGCUGCGUCUCCUACACGCAGACCGGAACCAACUGACCACCAUUACGGGCUUCUCCCGAUGCCGUCGUCUCGACAGCCUUUCUCUCCGUGAGCAACAAGGCGAUGUGCCUUUGGACGCAUCAUCUCUAAACGCUGCCUACGAAAUCCGCAAACUCUUUCUCUCCGGCAACUUUCUCACGUCGUUCAACCCAUCCGUAGACUUCCUCAACCUACAGUACCUCGAGCUAGCAAACUGCGGUCUCCAACGCCUGCCGCCGGAUCUCGGACAGUUAAUGCCGAACCUGCGGGUGCUCAACCUCAACAUGAACGCGAUCGAAGACCUCAUGCCCCUGCGCUUCAUCCCACGGCUAAAGAAACUCCUCGUCGCGGGGAACAGGCUCGUAGACCCCGCGCAAGUCGCCGACGUGCUAGCUGGAUUCCCACAUCUAUCGCGUCUAGACCUUCGGAACAAUCCCGCGACACUUGGCUUCUACGGCCCGAUCCAGGCCCUCGUGCCUGCGGAAGGGCCCAAGGGCUUCGAUCCGUUUACGCUGCCGGACGCGGACGUGGCGAGAGACGAGAAGUUUGCGAGCCGCUCGGAUAUGGGCACGCGCAUGCGGCGAAGGCUGUACGAAUUGGUCGUGCUGGAUCGGUGUCGUCGGCUUAGGAUGUUAGAUGGCUUGCCGGUCGACGCGUCGGCUGCGGGGCUCAAAAAGAGGAAGAGCGAUAAGGUGUGGGAUGCGUUGGUGCGCAGCGGUGUCGUGCAGGAUGAUAGGGUUACAGAUGAGUCUAUGUCUGUCCUGAAGUAGGGCUGCGAGGACAGCUUUGGUUGAUUCUGCUCUUGUCAUAUCAUAUUGGAUCGGAGCAAAGCUUGUGUCAGGAGUUUUUCAGUUCUUGCCGCGGGCAACGUGUGUUAUUCCUACCUACAUUUACCCUAGGGUUUCUUCGACGGCUUUUUCUGGUUUUUAUUAACAGGCGGGCGCGCAGGCUACUUACUUAGGGAUAAGGUGGCUCCUUUUCGGUCGGGUCCAAUGUCGAUGGGGCGGGUCAUCGUCUUUGAGAAAUAAUUUAGGCCGGGGAAAUGGAUAGGGGGAAGGGAAGAGCUGGGGAAAAGGCAACUAUCAACUGGCGUUUUUUUGG